AUGUCGCUCGACCCGCCCCCGUACCUGGGUUCGCUGCAGAACAACAUCCGCCAGCGGCCCAUCCCCUGGGACGGCGCCGUCCGUGCCAACACCCUCAACGAGGGGCAGCUGGCCAAGAUCAGGGCCGUCGACAAGGUCAGGAAGGACCAGAGGAAGCAGGUCGUCGAGGCCGACCUGGACGGCUACCGGAUACUGUUUGUCGGCCAGGACGGCACCCCCAGCGUCCUCGAGUCGGCAAGCAAGCGAUCCGAUGUUGUGCAGUACAUACUCGUCCUCCUGAGCGACCUUCUUGAACAUGUCCCUGCGUUGGCAACGGCCCUUUUCAAGAACGCGGACCCCUACAAGCAUUUCCUACCGCUGCUGCACUCGACCAAUCCUGAAGACCCCAUCCCGCUGCUCACCUCGACCGUGCUCUCGACCCUGAUGGCCAAGUCCCGCGACGAGUCCGCGUCCACCGAGCGCUCCUUGCCCCUGAUCCUCAGCUACCUGUGCGGCCUGGCCAAGAACUCGAACGAUGCUGGCCUGCAGGAUAUCGCCGUCAUGCAGUACUCGUCUCUGCUGUACGGCACAUCCUCGCGCCAGCUCUUCUGGAAGCAACGGAGCGAGACUGUUGCACCGCUUAUCGACAUCCUCAGGAAAGCCGGCGGCAUCGGAGCCGACUCCUCGGCCAGCCUGUGGAGUGGAAACACCACGGCCAGGCCUGGAGGCUUUGAGGGCUCUAUUGGCGGCGGCGUCGGCCUACAGCUUCUGUACCAUGUGCUCUUGGUCAUGUGGCAGCUCAGCUUCGAGGCCGAAGAUAUUGGCGACGACAUGGACGACGAAUACGACAUAAUACUCCUAUAUACACAGCUGCUCCGCUUGUCACCAAAGGAGAAGACCACGCGCCUCAUCUUGUCGACGCUUUAUAACCUUUUGAGCACGAACCAGAGCUCUCUUCUGCCUACAGCAGUGCUGGCUAGGCUACCUGCUCUGCUGCAAAACGUCGGUGGCCGUCACCUGACGGACCCAGACCUCCAGGAGGACCUGGAGAAUCUCAAGGAGAUGCUGGAGGAGUACACCAAGACAAAGACGACUUUCGACGAGUAUGUGGCCGAGGUGCGGUCCGGGCAUCUACGAUGGUCGCCGCCCCACCGGAAUGCCACCUUCUGGGCCGAGAACUCGCGCAAGAUCCUCGAGUUCGAGACGGGCGAGAUCCCGCGCAAGCUGGCCGAGAUCAUGAAGAAGCCGUGGGAGAACGACAAGGCCGUGCUCGCCAUUGCCUGCAACGACGUGGGCGCCCUGGUCAAGGAGGUCCCGGAGAAGAGGCAGCAGCUCGAGAAGCUGGGUCUCAAGACGCGCAUCAUGGAGCUGAUGCAGGACUCGGACGAGAACGUGCGGUGGGAGAGCUUGAAGGCGCUGGGCGGUUGGCUCAAGUACAGCUUUGAGAGCAACUGA